CGGCACACCGGCGAUGUCAGUAAGCCGUGCUGGUGAUGGAGGGAGCGCUGUUGAAAUGGACCAACUACCUUUCAGGUUGGCAGCCACGAUACUUUGUGCUGGAGAAUGGCAUCCUUUCGUAUUACGACUCGCAGGAUGAUGUGGGCAAAGGAAGCAAAGGCAGCAUCAAGAUGGCUGUGUGUGAGAUCAAAGUGCACACUACUGACCCCACCCGUAUGGAACUGGUCAUCCCCGGUGAACAGUACUUCUACCUGAAGGCAGGAGGGGCUGCUGAAAGACAGAAAUGGUUGGUGGCCCUGGGCAGCUCCAAGGCCUGCCUUGGGGACAGCAGAAGUCAAAAAGAGAAAGAUCUGGACCUAAGCCAUGAGUCCUUGGGGAGGAAGCUGUCUGAACUGCGGCUGUACUGUGAUGUGCUGACGCAGCAGGUCCUGGCUGUGCAGGAGGCAACACAUCCCCAAGACAACGGCUCUCCGCUUGACAUUCAGAAGAUGAAUGAAGCGUCAUCCUUAUUGCGGGCUACCUGCAGCCAGUUCAUCUGCACACUAGAAGAAUGCAUGAAAUUUGCCAACACCCGCUUGGCUCCUGAACUCUACCAUCCUUCGGUCCCCCAACCUUCUGAUUUCGUGGGCACCAAACUCCCACAUUCCCAUCGGGUAAGGCGUUCUAUGAGCCACACAGGUGUAGUCUCCUCAGACAGAGCUCCGGAGCCGGCUCGGAUCCCUCCCAGGGGCACCGUGACAGUUCUGCGCAACCUGGAGGAGAUGGUGAUGCUCCGCUCGCAGCAGUGGGGGCAGCAGAACUGCUGGUCAGAAAGCCCCACCGGCACCAUCGUUGAAGAAGCAGCUGAUGCCCCAUCACCAACACAAGACUCUCAAGCGGAUUCAGCCGGCAGAGACCGGCGAGUGUAACCUGGACUCUGGUGCCGCUUCAGCAGUUUCUGGACCGUUUGGAGCCAUCACUGCUAGCUAGCUAGCUAGAACAGUUGGCCCCAGGUUCCUUCCUCUAGUUUAGGACCAGCCUGGGCCCGACGGGGCGUGUGGCCUGUGAGGCUGGCAGGCGUGAUGGGCAGGGAGUAGGUGCCAAGAUCCGUUCCAUUCCUCUGUCUUGUGGUUGCCGAGCGUUCUCAGCUGCCAGGUCUGUUGUUGGGCAUCUCCAGGCAAUCCCCCCGGCAAGAAGGGUUGGAUGGAGGCAGGAGGUUAGGGUAGCGGCUGAAGCCUGUG